AUGGCAGACCCUCACAAUCGAAGCUGUCUGAAAGCCCUCCGCACGACGGACCCCCGCGAACACAAGGAGCGCAUUGAGAAAUCUAGCGGUGGCUUGUUUCUUGACUCUUGCUCAUGGAUUCUGGACAAUGCCGAGUUUAAGCAGUGGUACAGUCAUCCAAGGAGCAAUCUGCUCUGGAUAAAAGGCAAUCCCGGCAAAGGAAAGACCAUGUUGCUAUGCAGUAUCAUCGAUGGAAUGAGUUCAACAGCAGAGCCAAACAACCAAGACGCUUGCACGCCAUCCUAUUUUUUCUGCCAGGCUUCAGAUCUACGCACCAAUAAUGCUACAGCCGUGCUGCGCGGUCUGAUUUACAUGAUAGUUGACCGUCAGCCUAUACUUGUGUCACAUGCGCGAAAUAGGUACGACCGCGCUGGGGAUCAGAUCUUGACGGAUUCAAAUUCUUGGGAGACCUUGUCCAAGAUAUUUUCUGCCAUUGUACAAGACAGGCGCUUAAUCGAUAGCUAUAUCAUUAUCGACGCCUUGGAUCAAUGUACUACAGACAGAGAUUUGCUUAUUGGCCUAAUUGCUCGGCUAUCAGCAGCGACUUCAAAGAUCAAAUGGCUCGUGUCCAGCCGCAACAUGUCGGAUAUUGAAGAAGACUUCACCAUGGUCCACAAACUGGAAAUCUCUCUCGAAUUGAACGACAGAUCCAUUUCCCAAGCUGUUGGUCUAUACACCUGGCACAAGGUUGGCGAAUUAGCAAAGGCGAAAGGGUAUAGCGACGAGUUACAAAAUGCGGUUUAUCGCCACAUAUGUUUAAACGCAAGGAGCUCUUUCCUCUGGGUAGCCUUGGUUUGCCAAGAUAUUGCCAACAUCCCAACGCAAUCAUGUAUUCUCUCAAGGCUCGCUGGGUUUCCGACUGAGCUCAACGCCUUGUACGCCUGUAUGCUAUACCAGGUCUGCGGUUUAGGUGUUUCCAAGCUCUGUUUACAGAUCUUGGCUAUUGUAUCAGUUGUAUACCGGCCAAUCACAACAGAUGAGUUAUCGUCUUUGGUCGAUAUGCCUGAUGGUGCGUUAGAUGAGGAGACUCUGGCACAGGCUCUAGAGAUCUGUAGCUCUUUUUUAACUAUUCAUCAACGAACCAUCUUCUUCGUACAUCCAUCUGCGAAAGAUUUCUUGAUUGGAAAAGCGACUAAUACAGUAUUUGCACCUGGGAUGGAACACAUACACUACACCAUCUUCUCGCAAUCGCUUCAAGUUUUGCAAAAAUCACUGCGGCGUGACAUUUACGGUCUCAACGCCCCCGGAUUUCCAAUUGAUCAGGUAAAACAACCUGACCCAGAUCCACUAGCAGCAGCGAGGUACCCAUGCGUGUAUUGGGCCAGGCAUCUUAUAGACUCUGUUAAACUUGUCAAACAGCAUGGCCAUCUCCACGACGGCGUCAAAGUGGACGUAUUCCUGAGAACCAAGUUUCUAUACUGGCUUGAGUCUCUAAGUCUUCUUGGUAGCUUGCCCGAGGGAGCCUUGUCAAUAUCUCGGCUACACCAUGUCCUCCGACAAAAGGCUAAUCCCCAGCUUGCAGACCUAGUACGAGAUGCGCACAUAUUUAUUACACAUCACAUGGCACCGAUCCAAAGCAGCCCGCUCCAGGUAUAUGCUUCAGCGCUUGUCUUCAAUCCGGCCAAUUUUCUUGUAAAGAACCUUUUCAGUCAUGAGGAACCAGGAUGGAUUGUCCCAAAACCUAGAGCAGGCGAUAAAGAACGGAUGCCGGGCGGCGUACAAACACUCAAAGCGAUUAGCGAACAAAUUGACAGCAUGGUCUUCUCACCAGAUGGCACAUUACUCGCGUCGGUAUCCAUUGACGGCGCUGUCCAGAUAUGGAAUCUUGAAACCGGCCGUUGUACGCAAACGCUCCACGUUCACCCAGCUUCUGUCUAUUCCGUUACUUUUCGGCCAAACAGCAGCAAUUUGAUCAUCUCCGGGAGAGAAGAUGAUUCCAUCCACGUCUGGGAUACAAGUACAAACCAGAUGCUGCAAACCCUCAAGGGCCAUGGCGAUGCCAUCUGUGCCAUUGUCUUUUCACCAAAUAACAACGACUUACUUGCGUCCGGAUCGUGGGACCAAACCGUCAGAAUCUGGGACCUCGCAGCAAGCAGCUGCGUGCAAACGCUCAACGGUCACGAUGGUGAUGUCUGCACCAUUGCCUUUUCGCCAGAUGGCGUCCGGCUUGCAUCGGGGUCAUCCGACUGCACCAUCAAGAUCUGGGACCCGGUCAAUGGCCUUUGCCUGCAGACGCUCCAUCGGUAUAACGUGGUCUCUACUGCCAUCAUCUUUACCCCCGAUGGAACCAAGCUCGUAUCAGCGCUAAACCGGGAUAGUGUUGCAAUCUGGGACGUGGCAACAGGCCAAUGCCUGCAUACAGCAUUUGUUGGCGCUCCGCUUCGACAAUUACGUUUUGACAUGACAGGAUCUUGUCUCCAUACGGAUAGGGGGACGAUCAGUGUCGACUUUGUCUCAAGUCGAGCAGCCAGUUUGGAGCCGUAUAUGCGAGGUUACUGGAUAAGUGCAGACAAUCGGUGGAUCAAAGAGAACUCGGAGAAGCUGCUGUGGCUACCAUCCGAUUAUCGGGCUUGUACUGCUUUAAUACGGAUAUCAUCAAUGUCACUUGUUGCUCUAGGCUCGUCGUCAGGACGUAUAGCGAUACUGCGACUCUUGGACUCAAGUGACACUAUAUCCUAG